AUGACCACCUCAGCCAUCUCCCACGACAACCUCGAAAUCCCCCUCAUCGACUUUUCCACCUUCCACUCCCCAGCAACAAAAGCCACCACCGCGCGCGCAAUCCUGCAAGGCUUCCAACGCGCGGGCUUCAUCUACUUGAAAACCCACGGAAUCCCCAAAGCCAAAAUCCAGCAAGCGUUUGCGGAAUCGGCGAAAUUCUUCCAGCGACCGCCGGAGCAGAAAUUGGAGCUGGGAUGGACGACGCCGGAGAGUAAUCGGGGGUACUCGCAGCCGGGGCGGGAGAAGACGACGGAUGCCACGGACGCGGCGGAGAUUGAGAGGAUACGGAAGCGGGAAGGGGGGGAUUUGAAGGAGUCGUUUGAGAUUGGGAGGGAAGGGGAGGCGGAGCGGCCGAAUCGGUGGCCGGAUAGGUUUGAUGAGGAAGGGGGGGUGUUCAAGGAGCGGAUGCUGGAAUUUCAUGAUCUGGUGAAGCAGCUUCACGUACAGAUCAUGCGGGCCAUCGCGGUCGGGCUGGGGAUUGAGGAGUCGUGGUUCGAUGGGUACACGACGCGAGGAGACAAUACUCUAAGGCUCUUGCACUACCCCGAGGUGAAGAGUGACGUGUUCCAGAAGAACAAGAGUACUAUGAGGGCUGGGGCUCAUACCGAUUAUGGGUCUAUCACAUGUUUGUUUCAGGUAAGUCGUCCCCGGAGAGGAAGGCCAUGCCGAUAUACGUGCGCGGACGUGAUGAAGGCGAUGGAGAUCUGGAACAGCGCGUGCUCACACGUGGCUGCGUCCGGUGGUGAGCACGGUUUCACAUGCCAGCGUUUCGCGUCAAUUUGCAGACGGAAGGCAAUUGCACGGUCGUUGAUGAAAUGCACGCAAAUGCACGCACCACCAACAUGCACCACGGACCAGCUUUCGGCUUGCCGCAUACACUGCUGACACCACGUUUCCACAUAGGACAUGGCCGGUGGGUUGCAAGUGCUGUCACCCAACGGCAACUAUGUCGAUGCCACGCCGAUCGAAGACACCAUCGUGGUCAACGCUGGAGACUUGCUAGCUCGCUGGUCCAACGACACGAUCAAGAGCACGAAGCACCGAGUGGUGGAGCCGCCAAGCACGGCGAGCGUUCACCCGGCUCGGUAUAGUAUUGCGUACUUCUGCAACCCCAACUUCGAUCGGUUCAUCGAUGCCAUUCCGGGAACGUUUGAUGAGCAGAGGCCGAAGAAGUAUGCCGGGAUCAACAGGUGAGCGAGGAGUGAGGGCUCCGCAGGCGAAGCUCCAGACGUGCAGAGGAUAUUGACGAUUGGUGAUAGUGGAGAUUAUCUGGUGCAGCGUCUCGCAGCGACGUACUGA